GGAAUGUGAAUGAAACCAAAAGGGGGAAAAAAUCGAAUAAUUUGCCUUUCUUUAGUGGAAACAUGAGUCUGUUUGGAAAGCUACCAGAGUGUUGUGUAAGUGUUUUCAGUGGCUGAAGCAGACCGGCUCAGGUUACACUGCGUCUCCCACGUUGGGGGUGGGGGACAGCAAGUGACAUAGCAUACAACAGACACUUACAUAACCAUGACUCCAGGGGACGGGAUUAAGCUGUGAAUGAACCUCCCAAACUCCGGAAUAUGAUACUAGAACACAGCCUUUGAAUUUCUCUCUGAAGCUUGACUUGAAAAUGAGCUUCAGAAACAUCUCUCUCAAACUAGACUUUUCAUUACCCUUGGAACUUCUUUAACUUCUCUUCUUUUAUUAAGUUCGUGAACUUUGAUCAUUGUAGAAUUAGAAGGGGACUCAGAAGUCUCAGAGUGCGGCUCUCUGUAGAUUUAACCCAGAGACUGACUUCACCAUAGAAACACCCACAGUUGUAUCAAUGGUUGGGGCAAGAUAGUGGCAACAGGCAAAGGAAAAACAGCUCUGACAUACUAAGGACAAUGAGUAUGCUAAAACCAAGUGGGCUUAAGGCCCCUACCAAGAUCCUAAAGCCUGGAAGCACAGCCUUGAAGACACCUGCUGCUGUUGUAGCACCAGUAGAAAGAACAACAUCCAGUGAGAAAGCAUCAAACACGCCAUCCUCUGAGGCACAAGAGGAAUUUGUGGAUGACUUUCGAGUCGGGGAGAGAGUUUGGGUGAAUGGGAAUAAGCCUGGAUUCAUCCAGUUUCUGGGAGAAACCCAGUUUGCACCAGGCCAGUGGGCCGGGAUUGUUUUAGAUGAACCCAUAGGCAAGAACGAUGGUUCGGUGGCAGGAGUUCGGUAUUUCCAGUGUGAGCCUCUAAAGGGCAUAUUCACGCGCCCUUCGAAGUUGACAAGGAAGGUGCAGGUGGAAGAUGAAGCUAACGGCCUGCAGACAACACCUGCUUCGAGAGCGACUUCGCCUCUGUCCACCUCCACAGCCAGCAUGAUGACCCCCUCCCUAGCAGCCCCUUCAAAUAUUCCCCAUAAAUCAUCCCAGCCAACAGCAAAGGAACCUUCAGCUACGUCUCAGAUCAGCAACCUUACAAAAACUGCCAGUGAAUCUAUCUCCAACCUCUCAGAGGCCGGUUCCAUCAAGAAAGGAGAAAGAGAGCUCAAAAUUGGAGACAGAGUAUUGGUUGGUGGCACCAAGGCCGGUGUAGUCCGAUUUCUUGGGGAGACAGACUUUGCCAAGGGGGAAUGGUGUGGUGUGGAGUUGGAUGAGCCUCUUGGGAAGAACGAUGGGGCAGUUGCUGGAACCAGGUAUUUUCAGUGCCAACCCAAAUAUGGCUUGUUUGCUCCUGUCCACAAAGUGACCAAGAUUGGCUUCCCUUCCACUACGCCAGCCAAAGCCAAGGCCGCGGCCGUGAGGCGGGUGAUGGCGACCACGCCUGCCAGCCUGAAGCGCAGCCCUUCUGCCUCGUCUCUCAGCUCCAUGAGCUCAGUGGCCUCCUCCGUGAGCAGCAAGCCCAGCCGGACAGGAUUAUUGACUGAAACCUCCUCCCGUUACGCCAGGAAGAUCUCCGGCACCACUGCCCUCCAGGAGGCCCUGAAGGAGAAGCAGCAGCACAUUGAGCAGCUGCUGGCUGAACGGGAUCUAGAGAGGGCGGAGGUGGCCAAGGCCACGAGCCACGUGGGGGAGAUAGAGCAGGAGCUAGCUCUGGCCCGGGACGGACACGACCAGCAUGUCCUGGAAUUGGAGGCCAAGAUGGACCAGCUGCGAACAAUGGUGGAGGCUGCUGACAGGGAGAAGGUGGAGCUUCUCAACCAGCUUGAAGAGGAGAAAAGGAAGGUGGAGGACCUUCAGUUCCGGGUUGAGGAAGAAUCCAUCACAAAAGGCGAUCUUGAGCAAAAGAGCCAGAUUUCUGAAGAUCCUGAGAAUACGCAGACCAAACUGGAGCAUGCCCGCAUUAAGGAGCUUGAACAGAGCCUGCUCUUUGAAAAGACCAAAGCUGACAAACUCCAGAGGGAGUUAGAAGACACUAGGGUGGCUACAGUGUCGGAAAAGUCCCGUAUAAUGGAACUAGAAAAAGACCUAGCGUUGAGAGCACAGGAGGUAGCUGAGCUGCGGAGGAGGCUAGAGUCCCAUAAGCCUGCUGGGGAUGUUGACAUGUCACUCUCCUUUUUGCACGAGAUAAGCUCUUUGCAAGAAAAAUUAGAAGCCGCCCAUGCUGACCACCAGAGAGAAAUCGCUUCUCUGAAGGAGCAGUUGGGAGCCCGCGAAGAAACACAUCAGAAGGAGAUAAAGGCUCUUCAGGCUGCCACAGAGAAGCUUUCCAAAGAGAACGAGUCAUUGAAAAGCAAGCUUGAUCAUGCCAACAAGGAGAACUCCGACGUGAUAGCCCUGUGGAAGUCCAAGCUGGAGACGGCCAUCGCAUCCCACCAGCAGGCAAUGGAGGAGCUGAAGGUGUCCUUCAGCAAGGGGGUCGGGACAGAGACGGCAGAGUUUGCAGAGUUAAAAACACAAAUAGAGAAGAUGAGACUAGAUUACCAGCACGAAAUAGAAACUCUGCAGAACAAACAAGACUCUGAAAGGUCUGCUCACGCUAAAGAGAUAGAAGCCCUGAGAGGUAAGCUGAUGGCAGUCAUUACGGAAAAGGAGAGCAGCCUGGAAGCCGUCAAGGCAAAACUGGACAAAGCGGAAGACCAGCAUCUAGUAGAAAUGGAGGACACCUUAAACAAACUGCAGGAAGCUGAAAUAAAGGUAAAGGAGCUAGAGGUACUACAAGCCAAAUGCAGUGAGCAAACCAAGGUUAUUGAUAAUUUUACGUCACAGCUCAAGGCUACUGAAGAAAAGCUCUUGGAUCUCGAUGCACUUCGGAAAGCCAGUUCCGAAGGUAAAUCGGAAAUCGAGAAACUUAGACAGCAGCUUGAGGCAGCUGAGAAACAGAUUAAAAAUUUAGAGAUUGAAAAGAAUACUGAAAGUGGCAAGGCUAGUAGCGUUACCAGAGAGCUGCAGGGGAAAGAGCUAACGCUUAAUAACCUUCAGGAAAACUUGAGUGAAGUCAGUCAAGUGAAAGAGGCUUUGGAAAAAGAACUUCAGAUUUUGAAAGAAAAGUUUGCUCAUGCUUCGGAGGAGACGGUCUCUGUUCAGAGAAGCAUGCAAGAAACUGUAAAUAAAUUACACCAAAAGGAGGAACAGUUUAAUGCACUAUCUACUGAAUUGGAGAAGUUGAGAGAAAAUUUAACAGAUAUGGAGGCGAAAUUUAGAGAGAGAGAUGAAAGAGAAGAGCAGUUGAUAAAGGCGAAGGAGAAGUUGGAGAACAACAUUGCAGAAAUAAUGAAGAUGUCUGGAGAUAACUCUUCUCAGCUGACAAAAAUGAAUGACGAGUUACGUCUGAAAGAAAGAGAUGUAGAAGAAUUACAGCUAAAACUUACAAAGGCUAAUGAAAACGCAAGCUUUCUGCAGAAGAGUAUUGGGGAGGUCACUCUCCAGGCGGAACAGAGCCAGCAGGAAGCAGCUAAAAAGCAUGAGGAGGAAAAGAAAGAGCUGCUGAGGAAGUUGUUGGACCUGGAAAAGAAGAUGGAAAUGAGCCACAACCAGUGCCAGGAUCUGAAGGCCAGGUUCGAGGAAGCCAGUUGUGAGACAAAGGCGAAGCAUGAAGCUGUCCUGCAGAGCCUGCAGAAGAUGCUGUCGGACACGGAGCAGAGGCUGAAGGCCGCGCGGGAGGAGAACAGCGACUUGAUGCAGGAGAUGGCGGAACUGAAAAAGCAAGCCGACAAAGCCCAAGCUGCUCAAACGGCAGAAGACGCCAUGCAGAUAAUGGAACAGAUGACCAAAGAGAAGAGUGAAACUCUGGCCUCCUUGGAGGAUACCAAGCAAACAAAUGAAAAACUACAGAAUGAAUUGGAUACACUUAAAGAAAACAACUUGAAAAAUGUGGAAGAGCUGAACAAAUCAAAAGAACUUCUGACGGUAGAGAACCAAAAAAUGGAAGAGUUCAGGAAAGAAAUAGAAACCCUCAAGCAGGCAGCAGCUCAGAAGUCCCAGCAGCUUUCGGCAUUGCAAGAAGAGAACGUGAAACUUGCUGAGGAGCUGGGGAGAAGCAGGGACGAAGUCACGGGUCAUCACAAGCUAGAAGAGGAGAGAUCUGUGCUCAAUAAUCAGUUGUUAGAAAUGAAAAAGAGAGAAUCCAAGUUAAUAAAAGACGCAGAUGAAGAAAAAGCUUCCUUGCAGAAAUCCAUCAGUAUUACUAGUGCCUUACUCACCGAAAAGGAUGCAGAGCUGGAAAAGCUGAGAAAUGAGGUCACAGUGCUCAGGGGAGAGAGCGCCUCCGCCAAGUCCUUGCAUUCCGUCGUUCAGUCUCUGGAGUCGGAUAAGGCGAAGCUUGAACUCCAGGUAAAGAACUUGGAGCUUCAACUCAAAGAAAACAGGAGGCAGCUCAGCAGCUCCUCAGGUAAUACUGAUACUCAGGCGGAAGAGGACGAAAGAGCCCAGGAGAGUCAGCAAAUGAUUGAUUUCCUAAAUUCAGUAAUAGUGGACCUUCAGAGGAAGAAUCAAGACCUCAAGAUGAAGGUGGAGAUGAUGUCAGAAGCAGCCCUUAAUGGGACUGGGGAUGACCUAAACAGUUACGACAGUGAUGACCAGGAGAAACAGUCCAAGAAGAAACCUCGCCUCUUCUGUGACAUAUGUGACUGCUUUGACCUCCACGACACCGAGGACUGCCCCACCCAGGCGCAGGCGUCGGAGGACCCCCCCCACUCCACACACCAUGGCAGUCGGAGCGAGGAGCGUCCAUACUGUGAAAUCUGUGAGGUGUUCGGGCACUGGGCCACCCACUGCAAUGAUGAUGAGACGUUCUGAUGGGACCCCCAGCCCUGCGCCGGGCUUCUCAGACACACUAACAUGUAGGCGACGGAACACCAGCAUCGUGUGUGCAGACUUCCGGAGAACUCAUGUUAUUUUUGACCCCCAUCAACAAAUCUAAGAAAAUAUUUUGAGCUUCAAUAAAUCACCCUUUUAGUCUCCCCUUAGAAUUUAAAAUAAUAAAUACUUAGUAGGUGAGUUUUCACCUCUGAUUUGUCUUCUUGAUUUUUAAAAGUUCUAACAAGACAUUGCACCAGAUGCCAUUACAUUUACUGCCCCGAGGGAAACCUCCUAGAACAAUCCCUACCCUCACAAUACCUUAUUUAAGUAACUUUAAAUUAUGCUGUUACUUUUCAUAUUUGCACUAAAAUUUUUCCAGGCUGCGUUUGUAUAUUUAGAUGUUUGGGUUAAGCUUUGACACUGGAAUGAGUUGGAAAAAUGUGCCAUUUUGCAUUUUCAUCUACUCAUUUAAAGGAUUUUAUUCUUAAAGAAGUAUCUGAGCUCUUUGCACUACCUGAUGUCAGUAGUGCCUUUAUUUCAGGCUUGAUAAUACUUGGGUGUGAUUAUAAAAUCAUGAAACAGGUAAAGCGGGGGAAGCCCCAAACUGCUGUGGGGACAUUUUAUAAUCUAUAUGCUGCACCUACUCACUCUACGGUGGUGUUUUGUUCAUUGGUUUUGCAUAAUUUCAGCUUCUAUAUAUUAUAUGUAUAUAUUUUUUAAAAAUCUAUAUUUUGGGAAAAAAACACAAUGUCUGUCUUUUCAGAUUUUUACCUUUAUGAAAAAGAAAACACAUCAAGACAUGAUGGACUAGGCCAGAAUAUAACAUCACGUGGCUUUGCAACUAUUUUUUCUGUUUUCAUUUUGUUUCUUUAGCAGAUAUAAAUAACUGGGAGAAUUUUCUCCAGAUUUGUUUCUUUCUUCAGCAGAUAUCCCCAGCAGUCAAUUAACUAGAUAAUAAGCCACUAUAAAACACCUAAAUUAACCAAUCUACAACCUUUACAAGUUUUUUUACUGUAUUUUUAGAUGAAUGUACGAUGAGAAAUUCAACAUUAAUAAUUUUGGAUUUUCUUAUCACAAAAAAUAAAAUGAAGGACCUCAACCAUCAGAAGUUUAUCAACCAGUUUGAGUCUAUUUAUCUUCAUUUGAAUGUCUUCUAGAAUAUGUAAAAAGUAAUAAAUGUAUCUUCCAUGCUACAUGUAUAAUAAGAACUUCUAUAAUUGUAUAUAUGCCUUUGAUGUAUUUUUCCCCUCAAGAUUAUCAAAUGUGUGUCUGACAAGUGAAAAACCUGUAAUGAGUUGAAAUUUUUGGUUAUAAACAUAUUAAAAUAGGAAGUGUUUCACAAACAAAAUGUAAAGCAGUAUUAAAAUUUGAGCAAACAAGUGUUCUGUAUCUACUUUAAUAAAUGGUUCUUUUUUGCCAGUGGUAGUAAACUGAUAUUAUUCUCAG